CCCAACCUGACAGAAAACCACAGGAUCUCUGUGAGCUGUCCACAUUUUGGUAACCAGAAUGCUGCGGUACGUUGUAGCCCUCUGCCUCUUGGCUGUGUCCUGGGCACAGGACUGCCAGGUGGCCAACAUCCAGGUCAUGCAGAACUUUGACAAGACAAGGUAUGCAGGCACAUGGUACGCUGUGGGAAAGAAGGACCCAGAGGGUUUGUUCUUAAUUGACAACAUCGUGGCCGAGUUUACCAUCCACGAAGAUGGCGCAAUGACCGCCACAGCUAAGGGCAGAGUCAUCAUCCUGAACAACUGGGAGAUGUGCGCCGACAUGAUGGCCACGUUCGAGGCAACCCCCGACCCCGCCAAGUUCAGGAUGCGCUACUGGGGAGCCGCAUCCUACCUGCAGACUGGAAAUGACGACCACUGGGUGAUCGCCACCGACUACGACAACUACGCCAUCCACUACUCCUGCAGAGUGGUGGACAGCGACGGCACCUGCCUGGACAGCUACUCCUUCGUGUUCUCUCGCCAUCCCACCGGCCUGAGGCCGGAGGAUGUCGAAAUCAUCGUCCAGAAGAAGACGGAGCUCUGCCUGCUGCACAAAUACAGACGCGUUGCACACAAUGGCUUCUGUGAUAGCAGCUAAUCCAUUGUGCGAUCAGGGGACCCACUUUCGAAGCACCCUCCUCUGGGACUGCGUGCCCCUCUGCUGGUCUCCGGACUGAACGCCACCGGAGUCCUCUCUCCUCUACAGUCUUUGUCUUAACAGAGAAAGAAGCCCACUCUUCUUUAGAAAUAAACUAAAAACCAUGGCAACUAUAAACUGUCACGUUCACAUGACACACACUGUGAUUAAAAAAGGAAAGAUGACUGUUGAUGCCGGCCCAUUGUCACUUCCCUAAAAUUAGCUCAUUAGUAAAGGAGAUGUUGGGCCUUUUAACGUCCAUCAUGUGUUUUUUUGUGUGUGUGUGUGCGGGAUCCUCAGCGUUAGUGUGAAACCGCUUUCUUCAUCAGUGGAACUCUCUGGUUCCAGUGACUACAUAUAUCAGAUCACCAAGGCUUUUUGAAAAAAUUCCGGCCUACGUGACAAAUAAUCAGUUGAGAAAAUCUUUGAUGCUGAGGUCUCAGCAUAACUGCAGCUCCGGAGAAAAAACCCCACCAUGUUUACUCAAAAAAGAAAAGAAAAGAAAAAAAAACAGGUUCACAAGUCACUGGCUUUGCUUUUUACACUGAAGGACUUACAGUAUCUUGUAGCACAGAAGCAGAUUUUUGUUAAUAAACUGUCAUACACUCAUAUUAAGUCAUUUGCUCUACAGGCAUGUUAGUUUGGUUUGCCUCUUGCAUGACGUGUACUCCUUGAUCCAGUUUUUUGGAAAAUUAAACAUUCAUAUCGCGUUAGCGUCCGUUCAAUUUUUGAUUGCAAUGAAAUAUUUAUCUGUAUUCCUAGAUUGCGAAUAAUGAAUUCAUGUUGUUUGCUUUUGGAUUCAGUCAAUCAAAAUGCAAGUGUGUGCAGAAUUUGUUUGCCUCGUGUGUCUAUCAUUGUGCAAAUAAAAGACGUCAAACAAAAAACAA